AUGCAGUCUCUUGCCCAAGAAAUAAAAUCCUUCUCUAAGACUAAUCUGAGAAAACAAUGCACCAGGGUGACCACUCUGAGCGGCAGGCGGAUUAUUGAGACCUGGAAAGGAUCCACCGUUCACGUCGUCGAGGACACGGUCCAGCCAGAGACUACCUUUGGUUAUGUACAAGACACCAGCUGGGACCUCCAAGUUGGAAUUGUCAAGCCACACUUAUUGCUGGGCUCUCAAGAUGCAGCAAAUGACUUUGGAACAUUGAGGAAACACAAGGUCACACACAUAUUGAAUGUGGCUUACGGGGUGGUGGAGAAUGCCUUUCCUGAUCUGUUUAUUUACAAAUCGCUGACUAUAUUGGACCAGCCAGACACGGACAUCAUUUCAUACAUUCAGGAGUGCACUCAGUUUAUAGAACAAGCCAAGGCAGAGAGAGGAGUUGUGUUGGUCCACUGCAACUCUGGCGUGUCGCGCUGUGCCGCCGUGGUCAUUGGAUACCUCAUGUCCAGAGAGGGACAGCCGUUCGAUGACGCACUCACCCAGGUGAAGACGGUGCGACCAACCUCCUGUCCAAUCCCCAGCUUCAUGGAACAGCUGAAAAGUUACAAACCGCAGGCAAACAUGCACAUCAAUGGUCACUGAGCAGUCUUCUUACGCUGUAAGCAUGACAAGCUGUCUGCCCCUUGGUGUGUGUAAGACAUUGCCAUGAAUGUACAUAGAGGCUACUGUGCUGCAUAUGAACUGUUUCAGAAAUUACAUACUUACACCAUUUACAACAGUGUGCAAACAGUAUUGCCCAUAGGAUAAAGUCACUUCAU